AGUGGGGCCGCUGAGCGACGCGCCGCAGGAGCUCCGGGCUAGACCGUGGCGACGGCAGCCGCCCCUGGGCUGGAGGAGGACGAUGAGGAGCGACGGAAGCGACGCGGGGGCACGCUGCUGCGCGGCGCCCGGUUUCGUGCCCGCGGCCGACUGCGCAGUCUGUCCGCGAGUCUGAGAUACAUACAGAAAACUACAAUGGAAAAGUCCUGGAUGCUGUGGAACUUUAUUGAAAGAUGGCUAAUAGCCUUGGCUUCAUGGUCUUGGGCUCUCUGCCGUAUUUCCCUUUUACCUUUAAUAGUGACUUUUCAUCUGUAUGGAGGCAUUAUCUUACUUUUGUUAAUAUUCAUAUCAAUAGCAGGUAUUCUAUAUAAAUUCCAGGAUGUAUUGCUUUAUUUUCCAGAACAGCCAUCCUCUUCUCGUCUUUAUGUUCCCAUGCCCACUGGCAUUCCACAUGAAAACAUUUUCAUCAGAACCAAAGAUGGAAUACGUCUAAAUCUUAUUUUGAUACGAUACACUGGAGACAAUUCACCCUAUUCCCCAACUAUAAUUUAUUUUCAUGGGAAUGCAGGCAACAUAGGUCACAGGUUGCCAAAUGCACUCCUUAUGUUGGUUAACCUCAAAGUUAACCUUUUGCUGGUUGAUUAUCGAGGAUAUGGAAAAAGUGAAGGAGAAGCAAGUGAAGAAGGACUCUACUUAGAUUCUGAAGCUGUGUUAGACUAUGUGAUGACUAGACCUGACCUUGAUAAAACAAAAAUUUUUCUUUUUGGCCGUUCCUUGGGUGGAGCAGUAGCUAUUCAUUUGGCUUCUGAAAAUUCACAUAGGAUUUCAGCCAUUAUGGUGGAGAACACAUUUUUAAGCAUACCACAUAUGGCCAGCACUUUAUUUUCAUUCUUCCCAAUGCGUUACCUUCCUUUAUGGUGCUACAAAAAUAAAUUUUUGUCCUACAGAAAAAUCUCUCAGUGCAGAAUGCCUUCUCUUUUCAUCUCUGGACUCUCAGAUCAAUUAAUUCCACCAGUCAUGAUGAAACAACUUUAUGAACUCUCCCCAUCUCGGACUAAGAGAUUAGCCAUUUUUCCAGAUGGGACUCACAAUGAUACAUGGCAGUGCCAAGGCUAUUUCACUGCACUUGAACAGUUCAUCAAAGAAGUAGUAAAGAGCCAUUCUCCUGAAGAAAUGGCAAAAACUUCAUCUAAUGUAACAAUUAUAUGAUGUUUCCCUUUUUGAUUAUUGCAUUGUAUUUUAAUUUGUGCAGAAUGGUUAAGAAUGUUCCUUUUAGAAGUGUUAUAUCUGUACCUGUCUGAAGAGUGACAUUAAACUUUGAAAGGACUUCAGUGCUCCUUUAUGAUGAUCCAAAUAGUUUUUUACAUUUGAAAAACUAUAAUUCUUGAGAUUAUUUCAUACAUUUUCAUCAAAACUUUCAAUGUGGUUAUUGUAUUUAUAUCUUUAGUUUAAUGUGUCGAUAUAAGAUAUUGUUCAAAAGUUUCUUGUUGCUAAAGUGGUGUAAUCUUACACAGAUUAAUAGCUAGAUGUGGAAGGAGAUAUGUAAACAAGAAACCUUUGGGUAUUAUUUCUUAAGUAAAUAUUGGGACAAUCAUGAUAAGCAAACUUAGUUCUGUAACUGCAUUUUUCACCUUAAAAGUUAAAUGAAAUGCAUGAUGGUAUUUUAUUCCUUGAAUUAUGCAAUGCAACAUUUUAAAUGUAAAUAGCACUGGUCAUAUACCGAUGUAUAUGGUUAUCUGGGUUAUAUCUAUUUUUAUGUAAAUUCUAUUUUGUUUUUGGCAAGAAGUGAAAUUGAGAUCUAUGUGCAGGUUGCCAUUGAAUUUUGCUCUGGUCAAUGCUGAGAUCCAGCUUUUUCUUACAAAUAAAUGGGACCCUGUUUUCCUAUGUAAAUGUACCGUGUUUUUGUUAGGUACAGUCUGGAUCAUGGCAUGUAGAAAUAGAAAUUUAGAAUUUUACUGCAGCUUUGAUGUGCAUAUUUGAACUUUUUAACAUUUGUAACUUUGGUGGCAAAGAGAAUUUUAGCUUCUGUUGAUUUUGUAAGUCUACAGCAGAACCACUAAUAGCAGUCAUAGUGAAGAUCACUGCUUAAGAAUUAAAUUAGGAAGUCGUUUAUCAUUGCAGAAUUGUACAUACUACUUUACAAAAAUCCACACAUUUGACUUUAAGUCCCAGUACCUAGCUAUACCUAACCCACCAAAGGCAAGAUAUCAUUCUUGAAAAUAAAAGUUACAAAAUCCAACAAUGUUCCAGUUGCUGUGAAAUAGAACUCCUACAUCAAAAGACAGUUUUAGGAAGUCUUAUUUAUUUGUUUUAAAAGUUUUUACAUGUAGGAAUGUGAGAAUGAAGGAAUUCUGGAGCUUUUUGACAUAGAACCUGUUACCACAUUUAGCAAUUAAAUGACUAUAGGUGGGAAGUAGGAUUUAGAUAUAUAGAAAAGUAACAAAAUCUUACUUAGAAAAAAAAGCCCCUUGAAACUUACAGGAUUUACCUUAAUAAAAAUAUAUGCUAUGAGUCAUAAUUGUGCCACGUUGUUUAAAGCAGUGCUCAAAAAAUAGAUUCAAUUGAGUUCUGUGUAAUAUGUCAGCUUUAACAUAUAAUAUUUUGAAUAUUUUAGCUAUAUUUAAUGGCUGUCUGCAAGCAACUAGAACAGAGAAAUAAUGGGUCAAUACUCAAUUUAAAAUAAUGGGUCUUGACCUCAAUUUAAAAUUCUUUCCAUGGAGAUAGGGCUAGAAAUACUUUUGCCAAAUAGCAUUCUUAUUCACUUUAUGCCAGUAUUUAGAAAAAAUAAAUUAUAGCAAGUAUGAUUUUUAAGAAUAAUUUUUUCUAUAAAUUAAUUGUAAAAAGUCUUGCUUUUUAAAACAAGUUGGUAAUGCAUAUCAUGGAAGGCGUAUUUUGUAUGUAUAAAUUCACAAAGCCUACUUUUCUUGUCAGUUCUUGCUAUGUAGAAUGACUAUUCUAAAUAUUAAUGUAUUGAAAAUACAACAAAAUGUAUAUUUAGACACGAGCUUACAUGGCAUACCUUAUAUUUGUAUCAUUAUUUAAAGUUUACAAAAAAUACCUUAUGUUUCUAUGUGAUCAGUCUAUUACACUAUGGAGAAAUUUAUCAACUUUAGUUCUAAAUAUGCUGAUGAGGUCUAAAAGUUAUUUUUUCAUCCGUACUUUGCUUUUAUGCUGCUUUUUGUUUUUGAUAUUCCAGGUUUAUAAACUAUCUUUUUAAAUUUUAAGCCAGGACUUCAAAAAUUGUAGAGUACUUGUUUGCUAUCCCCUACCUUAAUUCUCUUCUUAGGGUUAAGGAGCCUUUCUUUCUUUCUUUCUUUCUUUCUUUCUGCAGCUAAGGGCAGAGGCAGUGCCUAGGGCUGUACGACAUCUGUCUUCACUAGCGUCUGUAUGCGAGAUUGUUUCCUUAGAUGGGUAAGAGGUGGAAAACAAACUUAGUGUCAGGGGUCCAUGAAGCCCAUGGCAUCAUUUUUGAAAAUAAUUUCCAGUUUUGGGGCCAAAGCAAUUGGUCUUAGUAAAAUGAGACUUCUUCAGGAGUCACUCCUUCACCUUGGACCCAUUGCUUAGUGGGAAUGGAAGUAUAUGUAUCCAUCUUUUAUGUUAAUUUCUGACUCAUUUAUACAAGAGCAGCUAUAGGAGUUUACAAAUGAACUUUAAGUUACUGUAAAUUUGGGGAUCCUAGAGUGAUCUUAAAUAUGGCAAGAUACAGCUCAUUUAGAAUAAAGUCCCAUAUCCAUUAUGGGGAGAAAAACUGGUGAAAAAUAAGUAUAAAAAGGACCCUAAAAAGCAUACUGCAAAAUAAGAGAAGAAAUAAUUUGUGACAGGUAAUAGGAUACUAGUAGGGUAGUAACAACUAGAAAGGAAAGUGUGACACAGUUCUUAAAUUUAGAUAUAGAAAAUAAUUAGAUGAGAUUGAUGAAACAGAAAUAGUGCAAAACAUUUGAAUGCAAAGCAUUUCUAAUAAGUGACUGGGACACUUGACAUUGCAACUACCCUGUGUUUUUGCAGUUAUAUUUUUGACUGUAAAAUUGAUAUUUUCAUAAAAAUGGUGUUCUGAAUUUAUGAUUACCUGUAGACACUUGAUAAUUACAUAGAUUACAGCUUUGGUAAUAUGUCACUGGAGUAAUUAUGUUGUAAUACCUGUUGAGAAUUCAUACCAUCUGAUGCUUACAUAUUCAUUUCUUAUGUUUGUAAGAUUUGGCUUGGUGGGAAUAGGUUUGGGGAAAUUAAAGAAUGAAGGCCAUAUAUUUAGUGUUUUAUAAAUUAUCUUUCAAGCUCAGAUAGCUUAAGAGUAGUUUAUAUUAAUUAAGGAGACCCUUUUUUCCUUGAGGAUAGGGAUAGGUAAGAUAAACUUGUAAAGAAUGUCACAGAAGUCACUUUUUAAUUUACGUCAUGAUUGAGAUACUGAAAUCUUCCAGUGAUCCUUCACCUCUCCCUUUUUCAUAUUAUGUUUGAUAAUUAUAUAUAUUUUUAAAAGCUGUGAGAGGAAAAAUUAGUCAUAAGUAGCCCUUUUGGAUUAUCCACUUAAAUUUAUGUAUUUUCAUAUUACUCAGGUAAAGAUGGAAAUGACAGAGCACAGACAUUUAUUUUUUAAACUGAUAGGGUAGAAAAUGAAAUGUACUUCUGUUUAUUCUUAAUACCAUAUAUAUAUAUACAUCGUUUUAGCAAAUUGGAAAUAAUAUAUUCAUUUGUAUGGCAAGAUAAAUUCAGUCAUCUUACUACUAGUCUACACAUUUUUGCCAAAUGGCGCAAAUAUACCUCCAUUUAUAUUUUGUAUCUUAAAAUGUAGUUUAAAAAUAGGACUAUGUAUGAGACACUUUUUUACAAAAAGUGCCAUAUAUACAUAUGUAACAGGUGAGUGUGUGUUUAACAUAAUUUAUAACAAUUUCUGUCAGUACAGCGUAUAUGGAAAAGUCAAGUUGUUUUUAACAUAUUCAAGUAUGUUCAGUAUAAAAUAAGUUAAUCCCAUUUCAUAAUGUAAAUCAUAUUUUUGUUAUUUGCCAUAUUUUAUUUGAAGUAGUGAUAAAAUUUUAUAACUCAAAUUUGAAUGUCAUAGUACAUUGUGUGCUAACCAUGGCAAGCAAACAUUUACAUUUGUUUUUUACAAUAAAUUUCUUUUAAAGUAUA